UGCCGCCGUCGACAGUCGGCAUCGGCGAGCCGCGGUACCAACGUCGUCGCUCUUUUCGACCCUCGCGCGGUCUCCGGCGUCGCCGGCGAGGCAACAUUUACUAUCGCGGCCUGAGCAAAGGAUUCUCACGCUUUUUCCCCCGCUCUUUCUCUUUCUCUUUUUCUCUUUCUUUCUUUCUCUCUCUCUCUCUCUCUCUUUCUCCCUCUAUCUCACGAUUCGCGCGAGUCAACGACACGCGCGAGCGCUCGAACUUGUACUACUCCCCCGUUUAGCCGGAAGUAAAGCCGUCGGUGGGUCCCAGGUGUGGUGAGUGAAUCGGGGAUUUUUGUGGCACGAUCUCUCCGCCGACGCCGGCGGCAGACGCACCCCUUUCGAUUCGGCGGCGCACAACAAGCGGCCCCUUCGUCCCGUGCGAGUAACUCGUGACUAAUCGGCGAGACGAGUGUGGAGUCGGAGCAUGUAACGAGAGGCAGACAGGGAAUCGAUGAGCGGCAUCGCAGCCGGACCACGAAGUCGAGAUAAAUAUGUUCUGGAUGAUCAAAUAACCGUUGGACAUUCGAAGAUGAAUUGGCCACUGGUGCUGACUUGUUUUUUGCUGCCACAGUCGUGCAUUCUCGGUGCAUCGCGUGGCUGCACGUUCCCGGAGGAAUGGUACGGUCGGUGGUUCCAGUCGGGGAUUACGGACCUGGUGACCGUCAACGGUUCCGAGAUCACCAGCAAGGGCGUCUGCAUCGAGAAAAACGGCGACAAGUUCCUCGUUCACGACACGAAGUACAGAUGUUACCGGUGCAUUGUGAUGCACGCGCAACAUGCCAACGUUCUGCAAUACAAAGAAACUUAUUGCACGAGCGAUUCACCGGAACCGAGUCUGCUGACCCAAUGCGGCACGUUGACCAGCGAUGCCACUCUGGUCUCUCUGUUUCGCUCCAAUGCGGCGCCGCUGCCCUGUCCCAUUAAGGGUCCCUUGGAGUUCACGUACAGCCAGGGCGAGGGCGAGUGCAAAUCGCCGCCGUCACAGGCGGAAGCGUGCACGCAGGACUCGCGUCUGCUCCUGCGCUACCAAGCGUGCGCCAACGUUCACUCGUCCGAAAGCGUGGACGUAGAAUUGGAGUGUCUGGCUCAUUGGAGGGAGGGCAGCACAAAUUACAUGGUCGCGCGUUUGCACAGCGAUCGUAACGAUCGUAAAACAAGCGACGAAGAGAGCUACAGAUGCUUUAUUUACACAAAUCCAUCGAACGUCACGUGGCACCUCGCGCAGAGCUCGGAUGCCGCCUGCAACGGGCUGAUCAGCGUCAACGAGGCCGCCAGAACAUUCAAGAUGAAGCAAAAAGAGCCGUCGCACCUUUGCGCGUAUCCGUCCUGGGUGGUGGCCGGUAAAUCGUGGGUAGCUUUGGAUCGAAUGGCUUCCCGGCUCCUGGCGUCGCCUUACAACCUCACGAUCCUCGACCGAAACGAGACCCGCCUUGUUUGCCAUUCAGUUGUGAAUCGGGAGAACCAGCAGCAGUUCGUCGCGAAGGCAACGCGAGACUGCAAGAACGGAUACGUAUGCAUCAUGUUCCACAGGAGGGACGAGCACGUAAUAGAGAUGCAACUGUCGGAAUGGGGCCAGCAGCCCGACGACAUAUGCAACUCGAGCACGUUCAACUCGCACACGAUGCCGUACACGACGUUCAUCACGUCUGACCCGAUGACCAGGCAAUGCCCCAAUCUCGGUCGUUACGAGAUCGUGUCGUUGUUUCGACCACCGAACGCCGACAACGCCGAGAGCGUAUUGACCGUCGACGGCGAGCAGAACGUUGCCAACGCAGCGGAGGUGCACGACGGGAGAGUGCCCUCGACAGCGUACCCGAGCCAGUGCCACCACGGUAGUGUACGUAGAUUGGACAUCGGUUGCAGGACACCCGAUCGCAUGGAGUUUGCCACGUCCUGCAGCGACGAGGCGUUAUCCGAGUACUUAUGCCAUGGAACUUGGGUGGAGAACGACACCGCUUACUUGGUGGCUAGCACCGACGUUGGGCGUUACUGCCUCGUUUACAGCGCGUCCGCCGCGACGACAGGAAGUCGUGAACUCUCGGUGACGGGCCAUCUCGCUUCCUGUCCGAGAGCCUCUCAUCGCUAUCCAGUCUCGUGGCAGGUGAACCUCACGUCGUACGCUCAAUGCGGCGACGUCUCGUCGGGGACCACGUGGGCGCUUCGGGUGCCGAUGUCUCUUCUUUACAUCGUUCUCCUCGGCGCCCUCGUCGCCAGAUACAUCGCGAGGUGAUGCCACUGAGCCGAGACGCGCCACGCACCGGUGGCUGUAUAGUUAAAAAAAAAACAAAGACUUUUAUUGCGAAAUAUUUGCAUUUGUGGUGAUUAUAUGUGACGUUCCGAUACGGUGAGGUAAACUAUAAAUAAUCAAUCUUAGAACAUAAGUGAGCGCGAACGCCGUGCGUCGUGACGCAGGGAUGUGUGAGAAGUGAUUAAGAAAUAUAAAAGAGACAAGUCGGAAACGGGUAAGGUAUAUACAUACAUAUAGAGAUACAUGUGCCAGCCCCGCGAAUGUGGCAAGGCUGAGUGCGGAAGCGAGGUUUUACGAAUGUACAUAAAAAUCGAUGCCACGAAACGCGAGCUUCCCACACACGUUUCACUACGAGAGAUCGAUCGAAAUACCAUUGUUAUGGGGAAAAGAGUCAAAGUUCAGCUAUCAACAUUCUUUUUGCAAAGAAAACAACAUAAAAAUAUAAUGCAUAUUUAAUUAAAGGCCAUUUUAUUAUCGUACAUUGUUAUCGGCGUAAUAAUAUCUUUCCAAAAAUCGUAAUUAAAGGAAAGAAAUAUUUGUUGCGUGCUUUAUAUGCGGUAGCAAAAUAAUUCCUCCCUCUUAUUCAUAUUCAAGUGAUACAACCGCGGUUGCAGAAAUUACCCUUCAAUUACCACGCCCAAUUGCGAUCGCAGCGUGAAAAUAUGCCGCGUUUAUUACCCUCGAAUGAAUUCGUUUGUGUUGCCUUCAUAUAUCGGAGGCCUUGUUACGUUUCUCUCGUAUAAAGAGAAGCGAAGUGGAAACGUGUUGCGUGGUCGGACGUCUUCGUAGAGUCGGCGUGGAUUUGCGUUACUGCAAUGUAUAACGGGGUGUACGUUUGCCUUUGAAGAUGUGAGGAAAACCCAACGACGACUUAUUGAAUUUCGCGAAAAGAGCCGCUAGUUCCGCGAGGUCGUGACCGGAAAUAACGAACGACGCGUUCGGACUCUAUUUGUGCUUUCAUCUUUUUAGAUGCUGUUCUUGGUACAAGAUGCAUUUAUUUAUUAACUUUUAUAUAUAUUUGUUCAGCAUUAAAAUGUAAUUUUUAUACAUUUAUUUAAUUUAAUUCUCUGAUUAUUUAAUCUUGCAUUAUAAGUUAAAUAUUGAUAAAUUCUUUAAAUACACAUACAUACAAACUAUUAUUGAAAGAAUAUUUUUUAAACUUCUAAUACAAGAAUUCCCAAAGUAUAGAUUGCGAUUUUUAAUAAGUAAAAAAUUUUAUAACGAUGAGUUAAAAUAAAAUUUCGAAAUAAAUCAUUACAAUGAUACGAUUAUCAAAUUUCUUAUAAAACAAGAUACGUAUCGAUCAUGUCAAAGCUGUUGUCAUCAGGAGUAGGAAAUAAUACUUCAUAGUUUUCGUAAAACUUCAUAAAACUUUCGAUUCUUUGCUUUGAAAUCCGUGUGCUUAUUUUCCGAGAAAAGCAAUGAGUUUGUCAUAUUCAUGCACGUUAAUGUUACUGUUGAUUCUUAGAGUGCUUCUUAACAUUCAAUAAAUUGACCAUCAAUGAUACUUUCGGGAGUUUCGAGUAUUAUGAGUGUUUUGGUAUUUAUUUUUGCGCUCAAAUGUUCGACUUUAGCACGGUCUUGAUAUGAUGACACGAUGUCUGCGACACGAAUUGACAGGUUAUUUAGGGUUAAAUUCGCGAAAGCGACGAGGCGAGAGUUACUGUAUGCAUGUCGCGAAGAAAUGUCAAUAAUGCCUGCAAGAGUUACCAUAUGCGUGUCGCAAGAUGACAUGCUUGUUGUACGACGUGAGUGUGGGAGUGAAGGCAAAGAUGUGAAAGAAUGAUUAUGCAGGAAUGAGUUAUUUGUGCGAGAAAACUGUCCGUGAGGAAACGGCUACUUUUGACAAAAAGUGAUACGGAAAAAAGGCCUUUCGACGCACAUGUAACAGAAAAUCAAUUUAUAUUCCUUUCGUUUUUUCAUAUCCAUCAACAUCAAAUGGGUCGCGGUCCAUACAAGGUUGGGAAAGCCUAACACUAAUUUCGCUCGAUGCUAUGCAAAUUCCUGAGCUUGUACUAGUCGUCGCGUGAGAUGAUGUAAUAAUAAAAGAAAUAAUAAGGGUGCUGGGGCCAAUAUUAUAUGAAAUGAGUGUUGCUCAUAGAUCGAGAGGGAAUAAAAGUGAAAGAAAGAAAGGGAGCGAGAGAAAGAAAGAAUGAAUGAAAGAACGAAAGAGAGAGUUCGAGAGAAAGAAAGUGAUAGAUCUAUGUAUAACUACUUAGAAAUUGCUCUGCCACUGCCACUGCCACAUUCGCCGGACGCGUUCGACGCUUCUAAGGGCGACGGGCGAUACAUGUAUUUACUUAGGGAAGAAUAAGAGAAUUGCCACGUCCAACCUGUAAUUAUACGCAUUUCCGUUAAAAGCUUCGUGGCACGAAUCGCUCUUUGCCGCUAGAGGAGCGUUGUAAAAAGAGAAACCAUACGAAUGAUUAUUACUGUAAUUAUUGCUACUAUCGCUGUUAGUACCAUAAGGCUCGAAUAACGGAACGAGAAAAACGAACUCUUUGCUCCUAAGGAAUUCCUUGCUUUCUUUUUUACACCUCGCGUGGGAGAGAUAUUUAUCGGGGACAAGGGAGGAGCGUUUAGCCUGUAAGCAUUCUGUAAAAACUACACUCUGAUCCGCCAUUGAACUUUAAUCCUCGUGCGAUGAAUGUGAGGUCGAUACCUAGCUAUAUGUCAUCGGGAGUUUCUGUCAAGUGAUCGAGAAAUCUCGGUCGCGCGAUCCUAAUCCACGUGUGUCGUAAUCGUAACGAAAAUGUACUUGCAGCGCAAGGACUUGAGAUGAUGGAUCUGAAAUAGACAAGAAUUAUCACUGCCAUCCAUUUUCUUUAAUGUGAAGAACAUAAAAUUAACGGAAUAAUGAAAUGAUGAUGGAAUGAACAAUUAUUUUAGUGAUUGACGAAAUAGAAAUAUAUAAUUGCGCUAGUUAAGAUACUUAAUUCUAGAUUUUGAAAAAUGAAGAAAUGCUCGGUUGGUUGAUUUAAUUUCAUCUCUUUUGUCCACUCUAAUACGAUUCUUCGCGAUACUAAUGUUGAAAAUAUAAGAUAAGAAAAAAGUGCAAUUUCAGAAUAAUAUUAUUCAAUUCAAUUAUCAAAUGAUCAUGCGACGGAAGAUCAUUGUAAUACAACAUAUCGGUAACGAGAGAAAAAGUAUAGGCAGUAGACUAGUCUGCAUGCGAUAUAAUAAUAAAGAAUAUUUGAGUUUCUUCCAUAAAAUUCAACCACAAUUCUCAAGAAUAAUAAUAUUUAUUUUCUGAAAAAGUCGGGAACUGGAGUAAAAUUGAUUUUUAAUUUUUUUAAUGUAAUUUUUUUCAGGAAUGACGAUCCAAUAAAGAUAAUUUCUUUUAACGUUAUUAUACAAUGAAUCUUUGAGAAACUAAUUCACUUAUUAUUUAAUUUUAAGCUGACCGUGUAGGUAUUGGAUUUUGUUAAAUACAAAGCGUUGAGAAUUAUUAUAUAAAAAGAAGAAAGAGUUACGAAACGGCGACGUUGUUCGAUCGUUUGAUACGAUCGUCUAACAAAAACCAACAUGUCGACAAAAUAUAUACAUAUUUUUUAUCCGAAAUAUUUUACUUAAAAGCUCUCUGAUCACAGAACGGAGAGCGAAAACGGUAUUCGACCGCGUAUUAAUCGAUGAUAUAUACAUACUUGAGCAGUUAGAUUUACGCAAACAAAUAUACAAAUAAUAUAUUACGCAACAAUUCGAUGUUGGCUAUAAAUUGUACACUAUUAGAUAAAUCGAACAAAAUAUAGGCGACGAGACGAUAAGGAUAUAGUCGACGAUCGAAAGUACCCGAUCAGCGCUCGAUUUUUUCCCAUCUUUGCUUUAUCUUUUAUUUAUAGUAAGCUACGUACGCGGAAAAGAUAAUUUUUCUAAAUUCUUUUUUUACAAUUUUUUGUGAUUAUGUUCUUAAUAUAAAUAGAUUAUUUUGCAAUCGAUGGUUGUUCGAUUGUUCUGUUUUCUUUUUUUGCUCUGUAUGCGAAGUUUUACAAGAGGAAUCCAAAACGUACCAGUUAAGAGUAGCGUAAAAAUCGAUCGUAAAAAUACUACUGUUAUUUUUCCUUACAACCAUCUCCAAUACGUUCGUUUCCGCAUUGUUCCAUGUUCUCUGUCAAUUAGUGUUCUAGUACAGCGAGCUUCUGUUCUAAUUUCGCGAAAUCAGUAAACACGAAGUUUACGUUUUGUCAAUUAUUAUUUAAGUUGCAUCCUAAAAUCGAAGGUGGGAGAUUAUUUGUACAUAAUAGACUUUAAAGAAUUCAUAUAAAUAUAGUGAUAAACACGAUCGAGUGUAAUCUCGUUUUGUGUCGACACGAAGAGUUAUUCGCUGUAAAAAGAGGAAAACUGGAAGGUUUAAAAAAGAAAAAGAACAAGUGGAAGGGGUGAAUUCAAUUUUAUGAUAGUGAUCGCGAGAGUGUAGAUUUCAGGGUAUUUAUAUCGAAGGUUACAUAGUUAUACAAAUAUACAGAAAUAUUUAAAGAUAAAUUAUAUUAUAAAAAUAUAUAUAUAUACUAUGUUUUUAUUGUUGUAAAGUUGACCGGUGCAGCCGAUGCAUCGACGAGAUUAAGCUCUGUUCUUGUAACUAAUGUAAUCCGUGUAAUUGCAUCCGCAAUCGCUAUUGAGUUGCCUCUGUCAUCGCGCAACAAUAACGAGUUGAAAAUAGCCCGAAUUAAAAAAAAAAUCUUCCGAAUCAAAUGCAUAGGACGUGUUGCUAUUACCAAUUUUUUCUAUUUUUAUCUUUUUACUUUUGUUUUUCUUCUUUUUUGUGGCGCAAAGAGAUUCAAGAGAGAGAUUUUUCGCAGAACGACGGCAGGCGGAAUGUACAAUAUAAUUGAAAAGAAUGUCUCGAUAUUAUCCGGCGCACGAGGGCGAACUAAGUGGUGGAUACUCUAAGGCGGUUAAAUAAUCCAGAUGUUUAUAACGUAACGCGGGAGAGAAGAUUUCCUCUUCUAAAUCUCCUUAUACAGUGUAAUCGAACACGCGCACACGUCACUACCUGUAGGGCACGACACAACGACUAUUACCGUCUCUAAGUCUUAGCGAAGUUACUUGGUAAUUUUAAUCUCGAUUUUCAUAAACGACGGGGGCGAGACCCGAUGGAGCGCCGCUGUAGUUUACACACGCUUUGAAGUGGCCCGCGAGUCAAGGGGGUAGAUGACGAACCUCUCCUAUCUCCUAUCGGCGUCUCGUUCUCAAGCCGGUACACUCAGGUAUACUUGUCGGGAGCAGAUUCGGCCGAUUUUUCGCGAGUGGGACUUUUUUAUUUGGCGCGAACGAAUCCGGACCUGUCGAGGCUUCCUCUUUUCCGUUGUAGGAUUCGCGACAUGUUUAUCCUUCGUCGAAGCCCGGCGAUUGACGAUCCAAGGCGUCUCAAUAUAUCCCGCAAUAACGAUACGAUAGAUUAGGAGUAAUCGGACGGUGUAAAGCCCCUGACACACACCUUUUCGUCGUGAAAUAUCGGCUUUACCCCGCGCGUGUAAACGCGCGGCGAGGAUUAUCAAAUAAGAAAAUUAGAGGGGAGAUGACGACGACGACAAAACUAUUGUAUGUACUACUGAUAGGGAAAAAUUACGGACAGAGUUGACGGAUAAAAAAUGUUCUGUACCGUAAAACACGCGCGAGAAAUCUGAUGGUACUACUACUCUAAAAGUUCAUCACGCUUGAAGGCUAUCGAGAAUCUAUACAUAACUGAGUGUUUUACUAUUGGAUUACAAUAUUACCUAUUAAUGUAAAUGAUACCUAUUAAUGUAAAUGGUUUUUUCAUUAUUACAUUAUUAUUAUAUUAUAGAUGUUAUACUUAAUAAUAUAUUUACAAAUAAUUAAGACGA